UCAUCUCAAAACCCUCCUCCUCCCAUAUCCUCCCUCAAGCUCUCUAUUUUUUUUAUUAUCCGAUCGCCGGAAUUUUAACCGGUGACGUAAUUUUGCCCGCCCUUUUUUUGGAGGCUAAAACUUUUCUUGAUUAAAAAAAAAAGAAGAAGCUGGAGAUUCUAUAAGAGCGAGAACGAACCCCCCCGGCGAAAUGACCUUGAGACCAUCGCGAUUCGCAUGGCACCAGCUGUUUUGUCUACCUUAAACGAACCGUCCUUCCAUGGACAAUGCGGCGCCGUUUUUAUGAGGAAAUUUACAAAACAAUCCGUCGCCGAGAUCAGCAGUAGCCCUCUUCCUCCCCUCUUCAGCCCUAACCCUAACCCUAAUUUCGAUUCGAGCAAGCGGUUCGACAAUUCGUCUAAUUACGGAGGCUACGAUACUUUUAACCUCGCUGGGUACAACUCGAGUCAGCUCAGGGAGCUGAAGAAGCGCUUUACCUCGGAGCUCGAGCAGAUUCGGAUCCUCAGGGAACGGAUCGAGUCGGGAACGUUCGAGUCUCAGCGAGUUGAGGUAUCCGCCGUUCGAGUUGAAUCGAAGAAGCGAUGCAAUCCGUUCGCUUCCGAAGAGACUCCUCCGAAGCGGGUGAGAGUGUUGGCUUCUAUGUUGAAUACUUGCGGUCAGAUGUUGGUUAAGCUGAUGAAGCACAAAUGGGCCUGGGUGUUCAAUACCCCUGUCGAUGUGGUUGGUUUGGGGCUUCAUGAUUACCAUCUCAUCGUGAAGAAGCCCAUGGAUCUGGGCACGGUUAAGCUGAAUCUGGAAAAGGGCUUUUACAUUUCGCCGCUUGAUUUCGCGACUGAUGUUAGAUUGACGUUCAGGAAUGCGAUGGCGUAUAACCCCAAGGGGCAAGAUGUGUACUUUAUGGCUGAGAAGCUUCUUGAUCAGUUUGAUGUGGUGUUUAAUCCUGCUUUCAAGAAAUUCGAAGCUCAGCUGGUGAAGCUCACUGGCUCAACGUCUCGUUUUGAGCCUGAGGUGACGCAGAAACAGUGGAGUCAGAGUCCAGUGGAGGCGAAUGUGAGGAGAGGAACUGAACAGAUCUCAAUUGCCAAGAAGUUGGAUUCAGUGAAGCCCUUACAACCUACAUUGUCUCCUCCUCAAGUAGUUGAGCCACCGCCACCGGAGCGAACUCCUCCACCUCUUCCUCCUCCUCCGGCUGUUCAGCCUCAGCCGCCACUUCCGCAGCCGGUUAGUGAAGUGGAAGCACCUCCUGAUGUGAGUGAAGUAACCAAAGGGAGGAACGGGAAGUUGCCGAAGCCUAAGGCUAAGGAUCCAAACAAAAGGCUGAUGACAAUGGAGGAGAAGUCGAAGCUUGGUAUGAAUCUACAAGACUUGCCUCCCGAGAAGCUUGGACAGUUGGUUCAGAUUCUUAGGAAGAGAAACGGUCAUUUAGCUCAGGAUGGAGAUGAGAUAGAGCUAGAUAUUGAAGCUGUAGACAAUGAGACUCUGUGGGAGCUUGAUCGUUUCGUGACUAAUUACAAGAAGAUGGCUAGCAAAAUCAAGCGCCAAGGGUUUAUCCAUAACGUGUCAACUCUUCCAGCUGCUAGACACAUGGCUUCGGAUGCAGAAAUGGGUAGUGCGGAGAAGAGAACAAGGAAAGGGGAUGCAGGGGAAGAGGAUGUAGACAUUGGAGAAGACAUACCAAUCGAAGAUUACCCAUCUGUUGAGAUCGAAAGAGAUGGUACUGCAGUAGCAGCUGCUGCUAGUAGCGGGUCUAGCUCUUCAGGCAGCUCUAGUUCUAGUAGCGGUUCUUCCUCUAGUGAUUCAGGGUCAGGUGGGAGUUCAUCAGGUAGUGAUUCUGAUGCAGAUAGUGUUCAAUCGCCAUUCGUGGAAGCAAAAGAAGCUCAAGGAUAGAAUCUCUUGGAGAUUAGUCUAUUCAAGUGCUAAGAGAGUUGAAAGCAUGGUGUAAAGGGUGGAAACCUUAGGAAGCAGUAGAUGGUGUGGUUAGAUAGAGAGAAAUGAUAGUUUGAGGGAGAGGAGUUCGUUAUUUAAUUCACCUAUUAGAUUUAGAAAGUUGUUUAACUGUAAUUGUGAGAUGAUGAAAAGGGAAGGUGGACCUAGGAGAAAGAAUCAAUGCAAUGUAUUAACCGAGCGAUGUAAAUGGUUGGAAAAUCUUAAAAAAUAUCUUUAUUUGUUGAA